ACCAGCAUGCGGCUGCUCGUGGAGGCGCUAUCCAACCCACCGAGAACGGAGGACAAGACCAUCACGCUGCCUAAAUUUGAGCCGGAAGUAGCAGACAGCGACGCACGUGCUUGGCUAGCAACGGCGGACAUCUGCUUAUCGGACCGCAAUAUACAGGGAAGUCAACUAGUUUUUAUACUUAGCAAAGCCAUGGGAGGUUCAGCCGCAACAUGGUUUUCCCAAAUAGCUUUUCCUAAUAUGAAAUGGAUUGAAUUUAAGGAAAUUUUUCUUUCCCGCUUUGAUACGCUUGAAACGUGUGCAGCGACGAUACUAAACACGCUAAAUAGUAAACCGCAAGAAGGUGAAAGCCUCGCUGCAUAUUCAAGUCGUCUGUUUACUCUGCUUAUGUCACGUUGGGGUAGUUUAGGUAAAGAGGAGAUAGUGGUAUCGCUGAUACUUGCACAUAUUGGGCAAAUCGAGCCGCGAUUACAACGUCACAUAUUUUCGGAAGAAAUAAGUAUCCGCAUUAAAAUGCAGCGAGAGAUGAUGGCCUUUUCUUACCGCAAAAGAAGCUACCAAGAGGCAGCGAAAACUGUUACAAGCGCCGCGCAUGAUAAUAAACGCCCUAAAUUAGGUUCCAUAUCGACCAACUGUUACUCUUGCGGAAAAUUUGGACAUAAAUCCUUUGAAUGUUCCAGCCGAACACAAGACAAGCAGCAAACAACUCCGUUCUCCGAGCGCCCCAACACGGCCGUUGCUACUCGGACCUCUGUCACUUGUUUCAAUUGUGGUGUUGAGGGCCACGUAGCAUCACGCUGCUCGAAGGCAUCGCCGGUUGCACCAGCAGCGGCACCCAGCGUUGUGAAGCGAGUGGACAUGUGCGGUGUGAGACCUGUCACCGGAAUAAUCACUCAAUUUGAUAAUGAUGAUGCCCGGCCUUCAACAUCACACGAGGGCGUGUGAUAUGUCAGGACGGCCGUGUCGGAGGAAGCCAUUGAUGGAGUUGCUUGUUAAUUGUACGAUACUGCAUAAAAUUGUCUCUUUAUCAUCUAAACA